UCGAAAACAGCACGGUGGCUUUUGAUUCAAAUUAUUUCACUUCUGGUCGUUCUGUAAAAUUAUUUGUUAAAUUGUUAUUAUUUUGAUCUCAACUAUGGAUGAAGGAAAUGUAGGUUAUGCCUGGGAAGCUGAAUAUGAAAAAACAUGGGAGGUUCUGCAAGAAGAUGAGGCAGGCUCCCUACAGUCAGCAGUGGCUGACAUCAUACAGAAGGCCAAGAGGAGGCAGAUGAUGUCCAGGGUGGGAAACGUCAAGAUUGGCAUGAUGCGACACUUGUUAAUCGUCAUUGACAUGACUAUGGCAAUGCUGGAUCAAGACUUGAAGCCAAAUCGUCUCUUCUCCACUCUAAAGCUGUUGGAAUCUUUCAUUGAGGAGUUUUUUGAUCAGAAUCCGAUCAGCCAGGUUGGGUUGUUGGCAAUGAAAAAGAGGAGGUGUGAAAGAAUCCACAACCUCACAGGUAACAGCAAAAAGUUGUUGUCGUGCUUGAAUAGUUUGAGGAAAGUGAAUUGUGAAGGAGAGGCCUCUCUGUACAAUGCACUGGACCAAGCGUUAAAAGUUCUCAAAUACCUUCCGAGCCACGUCAGUCGAGAAGUUCUCAUCCUCUUUGGUAGUCUGUCAACAGUUGAUCCUGUCGACUUGUCCUGCAUCAUCGAGCAAUUGAAAGUCCACACCAUCAGAUGUUCAAUCAUUGGAAUGUCCGCCGGCAUGCAUGUCUGCCAGAAAUUGUGCAGGGAAACACAGGGUAAAUAUUCCGUCAUAUUGGACGAGACGCACUACAAGGCCCUACUCCACGAACACCUUCUACCCCCCGUGUCUGUCGCAAUGCAAGAGAUAUCAUUGGUGCGCAUGGGAUUUCCGCAGUUGGAGACAUCAGCUCUGAUGAAGAGUAUCAUCUGCAUGUGCCAUGCAGGGAGUGGCAACGUUGAAGAUUGCAUCGGGAAGAAUGGAUAUAUCUGCCCACAGUGUGGUAGCAAGUACUGUGACUUGCCUGUCGAGUGCACUGUUUGUGGAUUGACACUGGCUUCAUCGGCGCACCUGGCUCGCUCCUACCACCACUUGUUCCCGCUCGAGGCAUUCGAGGAGGUUCUUGCUAUCAAUAUCUUCAAGAAGAAUCGCUUCUGCCACGGAUGUCAGAGAGGAUUGAACGAACCCAACGCAUACAGAUGUAAGAAGUGCACAUACACAUUUUGUACGGAUUGCGAUAUUUUCAUUCACGAGUCCCUGCACUCCUGCCCGGGAUGUUCGGCUAAACGGAAUUUAUAAGAUUCUCUGUACAUUUAUAAUAUGUGUGUGUGUGUGUGUGUGUAAAUAACGUGCGUGGAAAUUAUUAUUAUUCUGCAAGUUCAGUUGUUAUUAUAUUUCUUGACUAACGACACGUCGUUUCAAAUAAAUUCCUUAGACUUG